AUGGGUGUACAGAUUGUCCCAAUUGCCAACGGUGACCAAACCACCUUCCCGAAACCGGGUCAAACUGCGGUCGUCCACUACACCGGAACGCUUGACGAUGGCACGGUGUUCGAUUCGUCGCGUACCCGUGGCAAACCGUUCAAGUUCUCGGUUGGCAAGGGUGAAGUGAUCCGCGGCUGGGAUGAAGGUGUUGCCCAGAUGUCGGUCGGACAGCGGGCCAAGCUGGUGUGCUCGCCGGACUACGCCUACGGUAGCCGUGGCCACCCGGGUGUCAUUCCGCCGAACGCUCGGUUGACCUUCGACGUGGAGCUGCUGCGAGUAGAAUAAGCAG